CAGGCAUCUUGGUUCUCCAUAGGGUAAGCUCAUAGAGGCAUACAGUUCCUGGCAAAAACUAUGAAUUGGAGGUGCUUGUGGAAAAUGGACCCUGUGCUACUCUUGGUCCUCCUUUUCCUCCUCCUUCUGGGACCCUCCUAUUCCCAGUCUCCCUGUGAGACUCAAAAAGGGGCUAGCAAGAUGGAAACUAACUGUGAAUCCCUUGGUCUGAAGUCUAUACCACCAAAGCUAUCCCCAGACACUGCCAUUCUCUUCCUUCAGAAUAAUGGCCUGAAAUCCUUCUCCACUUCUUCUCUCGGUUUUCUAACCCAACUCACUGAACUCUACAUAGCUAAAAAUAAUAUGAGUGUCCUGAUAGCAGAUGGGAAGCUUCCACUCCUCUCAAUUCUGGAUCUCUCUGAUAAUUGCCUAAAGACCCUGCCUUCACUAGCACACUCCCUCCCUUCUCUUACCUCCCUUGAUCUCUCCAGAAAUGCCCUAGAGUCCCUGUCUCCACAUGCUCUGGCUGGCCUGGAUUCGUUAGAGAACCUCUACCUUGGAGGCAACAAGCUGAGGAGUCUGCCCCCAGACUUUCUGAAAGCAGCAUUCAAACUCCAGAAGCUGGAUCUAUCGAAAAAUCGCCUGGAAUAUCUAUCAGCCGACCUGUUGGCAGACCUCCAGAAUCUAAACACCCUCUUCCUACAGGAUAAUCAGCUCUCUAUCCUUCCUUUUGGCUUCUUCCGGGAUCAUCUCCUACCUUAUGUCUUCCUCCAUUCCAAUCCGUGGAAUUGUAACUGUGAACUUCGAUACCUACGUCACUGGCUACAGGAAAAUCAGGGUAAUGUCUACCUUUGGAAGGAAGGUGUGGAUGUCAAAGUCAUGACUCCAGAUGUGAAGAGUGUCCUGUGUGAGGUUCCCUUUAAGACACCUGUUGUCAGUUUCUCUGCAAAUUGUCCCAUCACUGGGGAUGAAGAUUAUGACAGCUACAAUGAGUAUGAUGAGGUAACUGCACAAGGGGUCUUAAAAUCUGAAACUACUACUAUUCCAACCACCAUAUCUCUGGAGCAUUCCACAGUCCUUAGUAGGUCAAAACUCACCACAACAGAACUCACCACUUUCCCAAUAACCCCAGAAAAAAACACAUUCCCAACUACGAGAAGGUCCAUCAUAUUCCUUAACAGCCCAAAAAUAACUGGGCUCCCAACUAUAUCAGAACUUACUAGGUUCCUGAACUCAGAAGCUACUACAUUUCACAUCACUCCAGAAAAUACCAUACUCCCAACUACCCAAGAGGUCAUCAUAUUUCUUAACAGCUCACAAUCUACUACUCAGUUCCCAACAAUGCCUAAACUCACUAGGUUCCUGAUCUCCUCAGAAGCUACCACACUGCAGAUCACUCCAGAACCCACUGCAUUUUCAGAGAAUCUGGAAACAACUAGAUUCCAAACUUCUCCAGAAAACACCACAUUUCCAGUAACCUCAGAAACUACCAUGUUGCAAAUAACCUCAGAAUCUGUCACAUUUCCAAUCAUAGAUUCCAUUGGAGGUCCUAUGUCUGUUACCCCGCCCAGUCUUUUUUCAACUUUAAUCCUCCUGAGAUCCAACAUUCUGCCACCAAAUGAAGCUGUGGCUCUAGGAAACUUAGGUGAUCCUAGCAAUUCCUCCUCCCCCAUUUCCACCUCCUGCUGCCUUCUGUCUCUGAGGUUCUACAUCUUUGGAACAGCUUGGGUUCUUGUCUCUUCCAUUGUUCUCAUUCUCUUCUUAGUUCUAGCUCAGCCCCCACUUCAUCUGCUAAGGACCCAUACCUUUAUGGAGGACAUCCCCAAUCCAAGGGCCACUGUCCACCUUGAGCUCCCUAAGGGGAAGGAAGUGAUAGUCCAUAGAGCUUGGCUUCUCUUUCUUGGAGGAUCAAUACCUUCCUUCCGCACUAGACUCUUUCUGUGGGUACAGUCCAAUGGCAGAGUGGGACCUCUGACUCUGAAGAGGAAGCCAUCUGCCAUAAGCCUUGGUCGAGGGGAAGACUUGCUGGGGUCUGUCAACAUCAGGUAUUCAGGCCACAGCCUCUGAGCCACAUAGCCACCUAUAAACAUACUCAGGUUCCUAGACAGAAUCUAGGUUCUGAAUGACUUGGGAAAGAUCAGUGUAGAUAUGACAAGUUCUUCUGAAAUCUAGGGGCAGAGUCUGAACCUACAAUAAAAAUUUCUUCUAGUAAUCAGUUCUUAUUGUAUACAUUGGUAGGGGUGAGGGGGAAGAGAUGGUGGGUCUUGAGGGGCGAGGUAUGCUGGUAGACAUCUACUUUGCCACCUUCCUCUCCCUCACCACAAAUUUUGAUUUUGAAGUGAUGGUGGAACAUUUAAAAAGAAAUAUCUUGAAAAGCAGUUGGAGGGAACAGCUAGGUGCCACACUAGAUAGAGCAUCAGCCUCAGGGCCGAAUUUAAAUCUAGUCUCAGACACUUAACACUUCCUAGCUGUGUGACCCUGGGCAAGUCACUUAACCCCAAUUGCCUCGGAGAAAAAACAAAUGGAGAUGGGGCUAGGUCCUUUGGGAAUUUAUUGUACUCUUUUCUCCAUUUCAUUCUUAAUCUUGUUAAUUUAGUUUGCAUAUGAGUUAAGUAGCCAAUGAUCAUAUCCACAUUUGUACCUCUGGUGGCAAAAACCUCAAUAAAUGUUUAUCUUUUACAGCCAUUAAAUAAAAGGCCAGAAGAUGUCA